CUACUUUGCUCCAUCAUGUGUUCAGCACCAUCUCUCUCUUACCAAAAAUCGCACAGAUCGAGCUUCACCAUGCGAGGGCUCGCCUUUCUGUCGGUGCUACUGUGUGCGACCUGCCGCCUCGCCUUCUCCUUCACCGACGGAUUACUAAGCAAUGGGAACUUCGAGUUAGCCCCGAAGCAAUCUGACAUGAAUGGGACGGUAGUGAUCGGGCGCCAUGCCAUACCAUAUUGGGAGAUCUCCGGCUUUGUGGAGUACAUAAAAUCUGGCCAAAAGCAAGGCGACAUGCUGCUGGUGGUGCCGGAGGGAGCCUUCGCGGUCAGGCUCGGGAACGAGGCAUCGAUCAAGCAAAGGAUGAAAGUGAUUAAGGGGCUCUACUAUUCCCUCACGUUCAGUGCAGCUCGCACCUGCGCCCAAGAGGAGCGGCUGAACAUAUCGGUGGCACCAGAUUCCGGCGUGCUGCCGAUGCAAACUCUGUAUAGCAGCAACGGUUGGGACUCGUAUGCCUGGGCGUUCCAAGCCGAGGUUGAUGUUGCCGAAAUUGUGAUUCAUAAUCCGGGAGUGGAGGAGGAUCCUGCCUGCGGCCCACUUAUUGAUUCAAUCGCCAUUAAAGCUCUGUAUCCUCCUAGAGCAACCAACAAGAACUUAUUGAAGAAUGGGGGUUUCGAAGAAGGACCAUACGUGUUCCCAAACACCUCUUGGGGCGUCCUUAUCCCACCGAACAUUGAAGAUGACCACUCUCCACUACCCGGCUGGAUGGUCGAAUCCCUCAAAGCCGUCAAGUACAUAGACUCCGACCACUUCUCCGUACCGGAAUCAAAACGAGCCGUUGAACUCGUUGCCGGAAAAGAAAGUGCUAUUGCCCAAGUAGCCCGAACCAUCCCCGGAAAAACCUACAUCCUCUCUUUCGCCGUGGGGGAUGCCAGCAAUGCCUGCGAGGGCUCCAUGAUCAUUGAGGCGUUCGCCGGCAAGGACACGGUCAAAGUUCCGUACGAGUCCAAGGGCAAAGGUGGAUUCAAGCGUGCCGUGCUCAAGUUUGUGGCGGUUUCUCCACGGACACGUGUGAUGUUCCUCAGCACAUUUUACACCAUGAGAAGCGACGACUUUUCUUCGUUGUGUGGACCGGUUCUUGAUGAUGUGAAGCUAUUGAGCGUUCGUAACCCACGUCGGCGCAUGUGAGGGCUACGUGUUAUAUACAUAUUGGAUCUUUGGUCAUACUAUUUAUAUAUGAGUAAUUUUGUUUCUAAGGAA